AUGGCGAAGGCACGCGAGGACGGCGCAGAUUGGCGCGCCAUCAUUGAAGACUUCACCCUCCGUGGCCGUCAUCACGAACCAUACGCCAAUACCACAGAAGACAGCAUCCGGCACAUGCGAAACAGAUGGUCGUCAUUCUGCUCUGCCGCGCGACUGGGCGACCCUGACGAGGCCCUAUGUGCUGCCGGUCCACCUCAGCUCAAAGCGUUCUUUCAAUGGGUCAUUGUCAAUGCAGAACGGUCAGCACAGCAGGGACCGACCCUCAAGCAGUACUUCCGUGUGUUGAAGAUGCUGUACAAACAAGCCACCGGUGCCCUCCUGGAUGAUGUGGUGGUAUCGGAUGUGAACGCCUUUAUCCAGUACUACGCAGAGGGUAAAACGAAGACAUCUCACCGCCCGAAACCUGUCCCUUCCGGUGCGGAUUUCGUCAACAUGCUUCACUUCCUCUACUCCUCCGACUGGACGCUGUACCCCGAUGAGCGACAGCGUGUGCAGCAGGGCUUCCUCAUGAUCAUCCAUGCUUAUAGUGGUCUACGACCUAGCUCUACAACUCAGUCGGGAAAGAGACGCAGGGCCAAGGCGGCGAGUGUGGACAAGGAAGAAAGUCUUGCUGCGAAGCUCCGAUACGGCGAUGUGGCCCUCAUCCUCACGGAGGACGACCGUGGACAAACCCGCUUCGCGGUACGGCCCACAUUUAAGUACUUCAAGGGCGGGAAUCGUCGACCGCAACAAAAGACCUUCACCUGGUUCGACCAGCCGGACGUCCUCACCUGUCCCGUCGCCCACUUAGUCUCGCUCGCCCUUCACGACGAAGCUUUCCGACUUCCGGCUUUCCAUCAUGCACAGAGCAUUUUCGACGUCACCCUUCCCGCUGAGCAAAAAAAGAUUACGCUUCAUUGGCGCGACGACAUUCUUGACAAGCCCAUCCUGCGCACCUCAGACGGAGGGGCGACGGAAGUCGAAUUGCCCAGUAGUGUGGCGUCGAAGCGGUUGAGGAGCCUAGGAGAGAAGAUGGGUUAUCGCGAGCCAGUCACAUGGUAUUGGCUUCGUCGACUGGUUCUCAACGCCGUGGACGGUGCUGGGUCUGAAGAAGUGCGCAAUCAAGUCGCAGGCCACCUUGACAGUCGCACCUAUCGAAACAACUAUCAGGAUCAGCAUAUCUCCCUGGAUGUCGCUAGCCUCGUUCGCGGUCGACCGACGGAGGACACUCUCAUGCAGAAGCUGAACCACGCUGCAGCCGAUAUUGAUCCUGACUGUAAUAUCCCGCUUGCACCCGAAACCCUUCAGCAGAUUGCAAGCCUUCCGGACGUUGCCGCUCUCGAAGCCGAAUGUUGCCGCCUCGCGCAAGCUCUGCGAGACCGAUACGGCGCUGUUUCAGGUGCUCCAUCUUCUGAUAGCCUGGCCACUCAACAUACCCAAGCCCAGCGCCAGUACCGGGCGAGGAAGCAGUACCAUCGUUCCCGACUACUGAUCCGGCAGCGACGAGACUUCUUCGCCCAAAAAGACACAGAGCUGAUCAAGAUGCAGCUCAGUAGCGGAGAGCUGACCGACUCGACACCACCAAAACAAAAGGUCUGCAAUCUCUCCAUUCCCGAAAGAGCGACCCUGGUGACGCUGGCCAAUGUUGGUCACCUGUCGUCCCCAACUUCACGCGCAGAUCGAUUGAGUGCCGUUCAGGCCAUGGCAAAUCUCUGUCGCCGAGUCGAACUGCCACAGUGCCGCCGAGGCCAAGAGACCAUACCGGCACGCGACAUGACUCCCAAUAUCUCAUCAAGCAACCAUGACAAAGUCCCGCACACCGAUCAGUUCCCUCUACAAUGUCUCCCGUUUCAAUGCUUGUUCUGCCUCGGAGACGAGCGACUCAUUUUGGCAGACCGCACGCAUAGCUUCAACCGUCAACAGGCUCUAUGGAAGCACGCGAGGAAGCAUCUCGACGCUAUUGACGAGCGCGAGAAGGUUUUCUGCCCGCAUCCGAAGUGUCGCAAGCUGGACGUGGCUUUACAUGACAUUCAGCAUCUCAAGAAUCACGGGCUGAGGGAGCACGGCAUCCGGCUGCAAUGUCGCUAG